AUGGAUAACAACCUGUGGACCCGCCGCACAAACUCUGGCAAGCUUUCACUCUCGACGAAUGGCAGUCCCGCGCCGGGCGGUGACACUAGCCGUAACGGCUCCUUCGCCAAACGAUUCGGCGGCGAUACGUCCUCACACGGCGGCAAGUCAAAUCCCUUCAACAACGUAACGACUCCCAGUGCUGGCGGCAUGGCGUCGCCUACGGCGGGUGCGGCCAACGCCUUUGGUCUUGGCUCCGGCGCCUUCGCUUCCUUCGGCUCCGCCAAGACGCCCAAGUCUCCAGGUAACCCGUUCGACCUCGCCAUGAGCAAGAUCGGCGCGAAGCCCGGUGGCACGUCGUUGCACGACCCGGCCGCCAAAGCCCCGUCCGUUGCCUCCAUCCCCGAGAAAAAGGCCCUGGGCUCCCAGCCCGUAUCGGCCCGGACAUCCUCCGAGACGCUGCGCGUCCACCCCCUCAAGUACGAGUGGGUGACGUGGUGUCGGCCGCCUCAACCCAAAGGCCAGCCGUACCAGGAGUACGCCAAGUCGCUGACGCCCAUGAUCCACUGCAACACCGUCGAGGAGUUCUGGGUCGGCUACCCCCAUCUCAAGCGCCCGUCCGAGCUGUCGGUCGGCUGGGAAUACCAUUUCUUCAAACGGGGCAUCCGCCCCAUCUGGGAGGACGAGGAGAAUAGGAGCGGCGGCAAGUGGGUGCUGCGGCUCAAGAAGGGCAUCGUCGACCGCUACUGGGAAGACACCGUGUUUGCGCUUCUCGGCGAGGCCUUCAUCGACGCCAGUGAGGAGGUGUGCGGUGGUGUCGUGAGCGUCCGAAACGGCGAGGACAUCAUCAGCAUCUGGACGCGCUCGACCGGCGGCCGCGUGUUGAGGAUUCGUGAAACGUGGAAGUCGUACCUCAAGUGCCCCCCCAACACGCAGUUUGAGUUCAAGUCGCAUGAUGAGAGCAUCCAGCACCGCGCCGCCAUCGAGGAGUCCCGCCGCGAGAAGCAGCAGGACAAGCGCGGCAAGCAGGCCACGGACGAACAGAAGCCCGCCGCGUCCUGA